AUGUCGGGAAGAAAAGUAUUGGUGCUUGAUAACGGUGCAUACACAAUGAAGGCAGGUUAUGCUGACGAAACACAAGCAAGAAUAAUACCAAAUUGCAUAGUAACGCGGGGGAAAGGUGAUAAAAGAUCAUAUAUAGGAGAUCAAUUAAGUACAUGCACAGAUUUUACUGGUUUAUAUUAUAAAUUACCAUUCGAAAAAGGAUUUCUUAUUAAUUGGCAAAAUGAAAAAGAAGUUUGGGAUAGAAUAUUUUCUAAAGAUGUUCUUAAUUGUGAUCCGAAAAAUACUACUCUAUUAAUUACGGAGCCAUGUUUUAAUUUACCGAACGUUCAACAAAAUUAUGAUGAAGUUAUAUUCGAAGCAUACGAAUUCGAAGCCUAUUAUAGGACAAAUGUUCCAUGGUUAUGUAUUCAAAACGAUACAACUUCACUUUAUAAGGAUAGAUUCUGUAAAUUUAAUGAAGUACCCGAUUGUGCAUUAGUAGUUGAUUCUGGUUACUCUUUUACUCAUAUUGUUCCUUUUGUUAUGGGAAGGCCGAUAUUACCAGCUAUUAGAAGAAUCAAUAUCGGAGGAAAAUUAUUGACAAAUCAUCUAAAGGAAAUUGUAUCAUUUAGAUAUUGGGAUAUGAUGGAACAGACCUACAUUAUGAAUGAAGUGAAAGAAACUUGUUGUUUCGUUUCUCAGAAUUUUUUAUCGGAUCUAGAGAUUUGCCGGAGAAACCCACGAGAUAAUCCAAUUCUUCAAGAAUAUGUUCUCCCAGACUUUUCGAGAAAUUCAAAAGGAUAUAUAAGAGAAAAGAAACGUGGAGGGACGUAUGACCAAUCUGACGAGCAAGUUUUGUACAUGAACAAUGAAAGGUUAUCUGUUCCUGAAAUAUUAUUUAAUCCUAUGGAUGUUGGAAUGAACCAAGCAGGAAUUCCGGAAGUAAUAGUGGAAUCAAUUAAUGCAAUUCAUUCUGAAAUGUUUCCUUCUUUAUCUGUAAAUGAUGUAGAUUUACAUGGAUUACUCUACGGAAACAUCAUCUUAGUCGGCGGAAACUCCUUAUUCUCCGGAUAUAAAAGAAGAAUUGAAAAAGAUUUACGUUUUCUUGCACCAACGGAAUUUGAAAUUAGAGUUGGAAUGUCAGAAAAUCCUAUCACAUACGCGUGGCAAGGAGGUGCUAAAUUUGCGAAUUCAACUGAAUUUAACGAAAAGUUAGUUACACGUGCUGAAUUUAACGAAUAUGGUCAUAAUAUUUGUCUUCAAAGAUUCGGUUUAGGCGAUGAUGAUGAUAUUGAAAUGUCUGAGUAA